AUGAGCGGUGCAUUCAAUGGUUUGAAAUCUUUGAUUUUAAAUAAAAAUAGUUCUGCAUAUUAUAUACAUUGUUUUGCACACCAACUUCAAUUAGUGGUUGUGGCGGUUGCAAAGAAACAUGAUGAUGUUGAUGAAUUCUUUGAACAAGUAGCUUUGUUGGUUACUAUUGUUUGUGGGUAUUGUAAGAGAAAAGAUAUGAUACUAGAGAUGCAAAAAGAAAGAGUGGCAGCUGAAAUUGGUAUUGGUGAAACAGAAACAGGAAAAAGGUUGAAUCAAAAGAUUUCUCUUGUUCGAGCUGGAGAUACUAGAUGGGGUUCACAUUUUACAACAAUUGUAAGUUUGGUGAAUUUGUUUGCAGAAGUUGUUGCAGUACUUAAAUAUGUCAAAGAGGAGGGGUCUACUUUAUCUAACCGUAAUCAAGCAAAGAAAGCGGUAUCGUUAGUAAAAAGGACAAAGAAAACAUUGCUAGUUUUUAGAAAAGAUGGGUUUCCACGAAUUUGGAAGAAUGUAUGUGCUUUUUGUGAAAAGCAUAGUAUUGGAAUUGUGGACAUGUCGGAAUAUUAUGUUACCCCACGCAAGCGUAGGACUAAUAAGACUAAUCAACAUCAUUUUGAAGUUGUGAUUUUUAACACAAUUUUAGUUAUGCAAAUUCAAGAAUUUGAGGAUAGAUUUAGUGAAGUUGACACGGAAUUGAUGGAGUACAUGGUGGCAUUGAGUCCUUGUGACUCAUUUUCUAGUUUUCAUAAAGCAAAGUUGUUAAGGCUAAGCGGGAUAUACAAAAACGAUUUUGACGAUUCAUAA